AUGUCGGUGACGCGACGUGACGUCACCACGGCAGGAGCAGCCGGGGAGGGCAGCUCGGCGAAGAAGGCCGCGCACGACAACGGUGCGGCGGAGCAGUUGGAGACCGUGACCAUCCUCCUCACGGUGUUCACCGAGGGCGACGUGCUCGUGCUGGCCUCGCAGUGCCUCCUGCUGGGGGUCAUCAUCUGGACCCUCCAGUUCGGGCUACCUGCGGAGAUCGCCGGUUUCGCGUGCAUCGUGAUCGCCACGGUGAUGAUGCUGUUCCUGGGCGUCAUCUCGUCGUUCAAGGAGAUCCGCGACUUCGUCGAGGAGCACGCCGAGGACCUCCAGCACCUGGGCAACAAGGUCCGGGCCUGGUACUACCGCGGCGGCCGCCGCGCAGAGGCGCUGAGGGCGCAGCUGGCCACGAAGGUCAACAUCAUCGUGCCCGACCUGGGGAUCACCUUCUCGGGCGAGACCCAGGACGCGGAGGAGGCGACCCACGAGGAGGGCCUCGCAAAGCUCACCAAGAAGGUGGCCUACUACGUUCACCAUCGCGCGGCACGCGACGGCUCCUGCCCCAGGAGCGUGCGGGAGCUCCCGCGCUUCAAGUCCGACAUACGGAGCAGUCUGAGCAUUGCCCUUGACAUGGACCAGAUGAUGUUGCGCAAGAAGAUUCCUCAGAUUGUCGCCACGCUCCAGUGUGUAAACCAUGUAGGUACCAGCGACUGCUGCGCCAAGAACGACACGUACCUGACGCUAUUCAAGCCGGAGGACUGGAUGCCAGAGUUCGACACGGACAUCCAGAAGAAGGAAGAAAUGCUGCUGGGCUGGCAGAAGCAGGUUCACCGGUGGAUGAAGGACACGCUCGGAGCAGUUGACCACGCCCGCACUUGUGCGCGGCAGAUCCAGGACGAAAUCGCUUUCAACCUGCGGAAGGAUAUCAUGGGCUCGAAGCACAGGACCAGGCUGAAGGUGAAGGUCGGCUCCAUCCGGCUCCCUCGCGACGGCCUGGACGGCAAGCUCGCGUACGUGACCGUGCUGGACGAGCUGGAGAGCAUCAUCCCCACCAGGGAGGGCGGCUUCCCCACGGACCGCACCAGCGGCUUCGCUCGGCUCCAGGGGCGGCCGGCCAGGUGCUGCUUCCUGCCCGAGCUCGGCGCGGAGAUCGACGUGCCCGUUCCCGCCUACAAGACGAAGGUGCGCCUCUGUGUAUGGGCCCAGGUGAAGGACGGCGUCGACGAGCUCGUCGGCUUCACCAAUGAGGUCGACCUCUCCGAGCACGUCCGGGCGGGCGACGACGAGGACCUCGACGGCGACGGCCUCGGCGGCACUGGCAGCGCCACGCUCGUGCUGCACACGCGCUGGGCCGCCCGGGGCGGCGCGCUGGUGCCGCUCUGCGGCGAGGAGGGCACCGCCGGCGAGGCCGGUCGCGAGAGGCCUGUCAUGAUGGCGGUGGGGAUGGCGGUGGGGGCAGGUAGGCGUGAUGACUGCGCUGCUUUUGGUUGGGUGGCUGGCGAAGUUCCAGCUGCGGCGGUCUCGCUGGACAUGUUGGGGUUGCCGUUUGACGACCUCCUCGCGUUUCACAGUUUGCACGACAAGGUGUGCGCACGGCUUCGUGACGGCAUGCAGAGGGCUUGCGGGCGGCAGACGCAGACGCAGCUCAACCCGGUGCAGUACGGCGCGGCCAAGGUGCCCCUGGGAAUUGGCAAGGGCACGGCGUUCGGGCAGCGCGGUCCGAUUGUCGCGGUGGCGCUGGACUCACAGCUGGUGACGGGGACUCCCUGGCUGGAGCACGCGGAGGAGUUGGUGACGCAUCUCCGGGUGCAGGUGGAUUUCUGCACGGAUCACCUGGGCGAGACUUGGCGCGCCUCCCUUAAGCCUCGCAGGCGGGCGGUGCGGCAGUGGAAAUACGCGGCCCUGAUGCCCGCGGGCGGGUGCCAGCGGAAGUGUGGUUGCCAGAACACGGUCGAUAUGAGGCGCAGGCGUGCCCGGCUUGCCAGGCCGCGCACCAGCUGCGUCAUGAGCGGGCCUGGACCAUUUGCUCGAAGCGCGCGCCCCGCUGCGGGGGCUGCAGGAGGCGUGCUGCGGGCCAGGGCGGGCGGGAGCCAGUGGGCGCUACGUGACUCGCUGGACGUGGGGCCUGUGGGGGAGCUGGCUGGCAAAUGCCGUCGGGUGGGCCUGGCCGCGCGCACUUGGGUGCGGCAUGCGCGCGGCGAGGCUCCUGCAGUGUACGCCCCACAGGCAUGA